AUGUCUUCCUCAAUGUUCUCGGCUCUCCCGCCUGAAAUAAUUUGUCAAAUCUUUGAAGCUGCUGAUGACUUCUCCGUGGUAGCAGCUCUUGCUCAAACGGCACGUGUUUUCUAUCACACCUGGCGAGAGAAUCCGACGUCCAUAUGUCAAGUCGUUGGCCCUCGCAUCAUAUUAGACUUCGCCGGUGCUCAAAAGCUCCUAGACGUUCAGGAGGAAGCUGAUGCCGUGAAUCAAUCGGAAGAUAGCCGCGAGAACGAGCCCAAAUCCAUCACCCGAGCAAAGCGCCUUAUAUUCCACGCUCGCUGUGCCUCUGCUGCAUAUGUUACCUGGGCGGAAAGUUCAGAACCGUGCUUGAAACCAGAAGCUGCUGCACGAUUCGAAUCCUGGUUCUACUGUGUCUGGACCCUUGGGUUCAUGGCCAAAACGCCGCUUCUACAGGGCAAAGCAUCGGCGGUUCUUGAUGAGUACGGACAAUUAGAGAUAUCUCAACUCGAAGAGUUUACGAGUUGGGCUCAGUGGUACCACGAGAAUGAAUAUGGAUCGUUGGGUCUUGACUUUUGUGAUAAGGUGUGGACGGCUGGUUGCGAACUGGUCUCGUUGAAACGCUGGCUGGAUUGGCAGAGUUUGUAA